UGUAUAUACUGCUUCUAAUCUAGCAUUCUAGCCUAUAAGCUUGAGAUAUUUCUGGAAAGAUUAUUCUAAAAGUUGAAACAUAUGCAUAAAUGACUUUCCAUGAUAGUCUUCAAUGUAAGUGUUAAUUGGCUAAUUCAGCUUUGUUUUGAUGGACUCUCUUGUUUUCUGAAGGGUGAUUCUGAUGGGAAACAAACAAGGCAAAUUAAUAUUAACGAAAUGCCUAAGGUGGUGAUGCCCCUUCAAGUCUCACUUGGAGGCACAACUGGUGGAGGAGGUGCACGUGCCGGACUUUUUAGAGCCCCAAUAUCAGGUGGUGUGCAAAGUGCAACCUCAGCUCAUGGUCUACACAAACCUGCAAUUGCAGUCCGCAAUCUAAUGGAGCAGGCCAGAUUUGCUCAUUUGUGCACGUUGAUGUCUCGAAUGCAUCACAGAAGAGAAGGUUACCCCUUUGGUUCACUUGUAGACUUUGUCGCCGACCCUAUGGGACAUCCGGUGCUUUUAUUAUCACCAUUAGCUAUACAUACCCGAAACUUGAUAGGUGACCCGAGGUGUACAUUAGUUGUCCAGGUUCCUGGAUGGACUAGCUUGUCAAAUGCUAGAGUAACAAUAUUUGGUGACAUUCAUCCUCUCCCAGAAGAUCAACAGGAGUGGGCUCAUAAGCAAUUCAUAAAGAAGCAUCAACAAGGCCCUUCACAACAGUGGGCAAACUUUUAUUACUUUAGGAUGAAUAAUAUAAGUGACAUAUACUUUAUAGGAGGGUUUGGAACUGUUGCUUGGGUUGAUGCCAAGGAAUAUGAGACUGUUGAGCCAGACAAAAUUAUUGUUCAUGUGGCUGAAAAAUACCUCAAGGAAUUGAAUGCAGUGUUCUCGAAGCCCCUAAGAGAGCUAUUGUCCCAAGAAGCUGAGGUCGACGAUGUGGCUCUCAUAUCAAUAGAUAGUAAGGGCACUGAUAUCCGCGUCCGUCAAGGAGCUCAGUUCAACAUACAGAGGAUGUCAUUUGAAGCAGAGCAAUCAUUUGAAACACUUGAAAAAGCCAAAGAAGCUCUCUGGAAAUUGAUUGGUAAGGGCAAACAUUAUCAAUUUCAGAAAUGAGUAUCUGCCAAGGGAGAUUGGGAGAUUUGUAGCAUUAGAAACUCAAGUAUUUAUCUGAAAAAAAGAGACACAUUUGACCUCUGUACUCUAUUAGACAGACUUACACACUUGACUCACCCCCACAUUUUUUUGUUAGUGUCUCACUGUCUCCAGUUCUUGUCUAAAACAAUAAUAGAGUUGUCAUAAAACAUUAGUCCUUCCGUCCAAGAGGAAUUUGUCGCCUUUAAUGUAAUAAUAUACACCAAAGGUCGACAAAUUCUAGCAAGGCGGAAGGAGUCGAAUAUAAUGGCUGUAACGUUUUUGUAUUUAGUACUUAUUGUUGUUG